AUGGAAUCCUGUUCCGGCACAGCCACCACAACGAAAUCUCCAUCACUUAUAGAUACGCUCUGGGACCAGAAUAGUGUCCCUUACCAUACAAGAUCGUUGCAAAAUACACGACAUGAUACUGUACAUCAACACCCUCAACAACAGCAACCCCAACCCCAACACCAUCAACAUCAACAUCAACAUAAACCAAAACCAACCGAACUAGAAAAUCUCAACUGGCAAGCGCCCCAGCAACCUAAUGUGUUUCAGGGUUCAGCUGCAGAUAUUAUUUCGAGACCCAAGAAUACUGAGUUUAAAGAGAAGAUUUUAUCAUGGGCGCACAGUGUGUAUGUCGACCUACUUACGUUACUUCAUAAUACUCGAAGGAAAAACGCUGCGCUGGGGGUACAAGAUAGUGAUGCUCGUCCAAAACCGAAUAUAUACCCUAAACCCCCCCGACAACCUGCUUCUGACUUCAGCUCACAUGCUGGAAACGUUGACGCUACUCUCGAUAAUACUCAUGGGACUCCCAUUCCAAGCCAACAUUUCCCUCUAGCCCAUGGGCGACAGGUGGGUAUGACUCUAGAAAAUCAGAUCGAUGGGAAGCAAUUUCCUCCGAACCACUCUGCGGUAUCUGAUAACAAUUUCGUUCGCAACUACCAUGUUGACCGCGCUCCUUUCGGUCAACACCCCAGUCAUCGAUUACCGGAGAGCCGUUCCCUUGAUCAUUUCCGCACGAUACGUCGUUCUUCAGGUCCUGCUGUGUACAGUGAGGCCUCUGUGAUGGAGAAUGCUGUGUGUGCCCUGGAAAUUCUGUCCAGCCUUUGUGUUGAGAGUGGGGGGGAAUGGAUUGAUGGAAUGCUGGUCGGUGGAUGCCUGGCCUAUGGUCUUGGGGAUUAUGAUAAAGCGCUUAGGUGGUAUACUCGGAUUAUCAAUAAGGAUGCUUCGCAUGUUGAAGCGAUUUUCUAA